AUCGGGCUCACACACUGGUAUUGCAGCCUCAGAGCUUCAUUGCCUUCAAACCUGCAUUUCUCCUUCUGACAACACCCAACAUAUUACCCACAUCUCGCAUUGCUGAGAAGGGUCUAUGCUGAAUACUGAAACUGCAAGCCUACCUUGAACAAACGGAAAACCAGCAGCCUCAGUUCUUUUACCCUAGCCUAAACUCCACCAGCAGCUGGAUACACAAGCUCACCUGCUGCUGUGGCAGCAAGUCUUUGCCUGUAAAAAGCAAAGUGUAACAGUUGCAGCCACUCAACCACCAGAGCUGCUGUUAGCUCCACAUCUAAUUAUACACUGACAUAAUUUGACUGGAGUUGGCAUUCACUAGAGAGAUGUCAAAGUAAAAGAUUUCACUCCGUUAUGCAGCAAUGGCAAUGUUAACCCGAGGGAAAUUCCAGGAGGAGAUUAAAACAUUCACAAUUCAUUUGAGACGCUUUCUGAGCUUCUAUCCUAAAUGAGCAGAGGAUAAUCCAGUACUGGUGCCUGAAUUGUGGAGGCUGGUGCCUGAAUUGUGGAGGCACCUGUCUUUCCUUGUAUCAGUUGGCAAAGGCAAUAAUUUGCCCGAUUCGAAAAAGUUUGUGAUCAGUUGCCAUCGCAGUGAACAGCUCUGACUGUGUAACACCCUCAUGGGUCUCCCCAUUGUCACUGCGAUGGCAUGGUCAGAUGCUAUAUUUAAGACUCCAGGAUGGGCACUCAAACAUGGGGAACAUUCUUUUGUGGAGAGUCAUUCUUAGUGUCAUCAACAGAGAGAAGGAAACACUCCUUUGUCCUUUCUCUUUCAUGAGGACAGGCACUCUCACUGUAGUCUUCACAAGCAAGAAGUCAUUUUCUACUUCCCAGCAUGGGAACCCGAACCUUCUUCCACCACAGAGAGGAGCAGCAAAAGGAGGAAAGGCAACAGAGCUUGCAAAUGAUCUCCAUGACUAGAAAGAAAAAGUUCAAAACCAGUGAGGAAGAAGAGACUUACAGCCCUUCAGAGAUAUCGAUAGCAGCUGCCCUUGCCUUGACCUCCGAAAUACCACAGGAUUACAAGCUAAGAAGAGAAACUGCUAUCCUAGAGCAAGAACAGAGGGGGCAAAAGAGAGUUCGGUUUGGGAAUGACAUGGAAAAGUUGGAAAAGGAAGUUAUUAAGAACUGCAGACUGCUGCGCAUGAGAGCUGACCAGAAGGCCCUUCGAAGGAAGGCUGUAGAAAAGGUACGCGUAGAGAAGGAAUACAUUGAGCUAUGUUCCGGGCGACCACCUAUGUUCUGGAUCCCCCUCAGAGCACAUGCGGUCUGGGAGAGGAUGGAAGUGAAGCUGGCGUGCACAGUCCUGGCUUCCCCACUGCCACAGGUUACUUGGUUUAAAAAUGGUAUUCGUAUUGAUCCUCACUUAGCCCCAGCAGGAAAAUACAAGAUAAAAAACAAGUUUGGGAUGCUGACCCUGUACAUCAGCAGAUGCUCCAUGGAAGAUUCUGCUGAAUAUAGCGUUGAAGUUAAGAACCAAUAUGGAGAGGCUUAUUCAUUUGCUACAGUGCUUGUCAAGAAGUAUUACGGAAAGGAGUCAGGAUUUGAUUCAGAAAUAUACAGAAGAUCUCUUCUGGCCGGAGAGGCAGAUUUUGCUUUUCCACUGAAACCCUUAUAUUCAAGAGAAAAGGAGCCUUUCACCCUCUCCUGUUACUUCUCUUCUCAUUUACUUGAACACCAACGAGACAUUACCUGGUUCAGAGAUGGGGAGUUGCUGCAGAACUCUGAAUGUCGGGAACUGAAGUACCAAGACCGGGAAGCUUCUCUGAUGGUGUCAUGUGUUUACAAAGAAGAUGAGGGAUUCUACACUAUCCGUGUUCCCUCGCUGGAUGGAUAUAAAGAGCAGAUCACUUAUGUGUUUGUCAGAGAUGCUGCAGCAGAAACCGCUGGUGCACCUGGAUCCCCCCUCAACGUGAAAUGCCAUGACGUAAAUAAAGACUGCUUGAUUCUCUCUUGGGUAGCACCCAGUGACAAUGGAAGAAGUCCAAUCCUGGGAUACUAUACUGAAAGGUGCAUUGCUGGGUCAGAGGACUGGGUCCUGUGCAAUGACAGGCCUGUGAGAACCUGCAGGUACCCCGUCUUGGGCCUUGCUGAAGGACAGACAUACCAGUUCCGAGUAAAGGCUGUCAAUAAAGAGGGCAUCAGCCAUCCUUCAAAACCCAGUAAUCCAGUUACAACGUAUGACCCCAGCAAGGACAAGAGAGUGACAGUUAUUCCAUAUGAUGAAAGCAGGACAAUUGAAAUUUUCAAGGAUGAGCUAGAAGCACAUAUUAAAACUCCCUUGCCACCCAGCAACGUUCAUGCAAGUGAGGUCAGAGAAGAUUACGUGGCUUUGGCCUGGGACGAACCAGAUCCAAGAGGCAGGGAGGCACUGAACUAUUAUGUGGAAAAGUCAAUUGCAGGCAGCAACUCCUGGCAAAUGGUUAAUCUGGAUCUGCCAGUUAAUUCACCAAGAUUUGCACUCUUUGAUCUUGUUAAAGGAAAAUCAUUCUGUUUCCGUGUGCGAUCUGUUAACAAGUAUGGAAUCAGUGAGCCAUCCCUGCCCAGUGAGCCUGUAACUGCUGGAGCAAAACUGGCUCCUCUGCCACCACCAUCUCAGGUUUUAGCUUUCCGAGACACCAAGACAUCUGUUGUUUUGCAGUGGGAUAAGUUAAAGGAUGGUCUGGAGCCUCUCGGCUACUACAUAUACUGUCGGGAGACUGGGGCAGAGGAAUGGAAAACUGUCAAUAACAAGCCCGUGACAUGUAAUGAAUUUACUGUUCCUGGGCUGCAGCCUGGCAAAGAAUAUGUCUUUUGUGUGAAAUCCGUCAGUGAGGCAGGAAUAAGUAAAAGCUCACCAGAAACAGACCCUAUUGUUGUAAGGGCAGCUAUUGCUCGCCCAUCAGCACCAUAUGGGUUUGUUCUUCUAAAUUGUGGGAAGGCUGACAUGACCAUCGGCUGGAAACACCCAAAGAGCAAGGGAGGAACAAAGAUUCUGGGUUAUUUCCUAGAUCAGCAUGAUGCAUCUGAACUAGAUUGGCAUGAAGUCAAUAUUAAGCCAAUUCCCCAGCAAGUUUACACGGUCAGCAACCUCGAGGAAGGUCACCUGUAUGAAUUCCGUGCCUAUGCAAUGAACAUGGCUGGUGUUGGGGAAGUAUCUGAACCCAGCGACCUGUUCAAAUGUGAAGAAUGGACGAUGCCAGAACCAGGCCCUCCCUAUGAUGUGAGGUGCACUGAAGUUCGAGGACACAUCCUUGAUCUGUGCUGGGAAGCACCACUGUACACAGGAGCAGUGGUCACUGGCUAUUACGUAGAUGUGUGUGAAGAAGGUCAGGCAGAAUGGAAACAAAUAAAUAAGCAGUUCGUAGCCACCACCCCAUAUGAAGGUUUGUAUGUGCACUUAAUAAUUUCAGAACUGGAGACAGGGAAAUGCUAUAUUUUCCGAGUAAGAGGACUGAACAAGGCUGGCAUUGGACGUCCUUCAGUCCCCUCAGAUCCUGUGGUGGCUAAAACCAAACCCGGUACAAAUGAAAUUGAACUUGGGGUUGAUGAAGAUGGAUUCAUUUACAUGGCUUUUGAAGCUCCUGAUAAGAACGACUCCUCUGAAUUUAUCUGGUCAAAGGACUAUGAAGGACCACCAGAUGCUGACAGAGUUCAGACUGAAGAGAGAGGCAAUAAUUCUAAGCUUAUAUUGAAAGACCCCUCUGAAAAGGAUCUGGGCAUAUACUCAGUGGAGGUGACAGAUGUAGAUGAUGAUAUCUCUGCCAGCUGCACUUUAACAAAAGAAGAUCUGGACAAGUUACUGAAACGUAGCCAUGAAAUCAGGAACCCACUGAUCAAGCUGAUAUCUGGAUGGAACAUUGAUGUUCUGGAGAAAGGAGAAGUGCGGCUGUGGUUGGAGGUUGAAAAGCUGUCACCAAAUGCAGAACUGCAUUUAAUCUUCAAUGACAAGGAGCUUACAAGUACUCCAACACAUAAAAUAAACUUUGCCAAAGGAAAAGGCCUCAUAGAACUGAUAAUCCCGGAUUUCUGUGAUGACGAUAAAGGGAUGUACACAGCCCAGCUGCAAGACGGAAAAGCUAAAAAUCAAUUCACCCUAGCUCUUGUGGAUGAAUGUUUUGCUAAAGUUGCAGAAGAGGCUGAUGCAAAACAGAGAGAAUGGAAGAAAAAGCAGGGUCCAUAUUUUAUAGAAAAUUUGAAAUUGAAGGUUACCGAGAACUGUGAAGCACUCCUCACCUGCAAGGCAACGAACCUGAGAAAGGACACCAGCUUCCAAUGGUUCUUCAACAAGAAAGCACGAGCAGGCAGUGCAUUUGAUCUACAGACUGGGAUAGGAACUCUUCGUAUUAAAAAGAUAACCAAAGCAGAUGAGGGCCAAUACAAAGCACUUGUUGCAGAUGACCGAGGAGAGGACUACACCCAACUUGAUCUCACAAAAGGGGCCUUUGAAGAUCUUCUCAAGGAGCUGUGCAGGAUCAGUGCUCUUUCUGCUACACCUCUGAAAAUUCAGCCUACUGAAGAAGGCAUCAAAAUCUACACAGAUGUGAAGUACUACACCGACUACAUGAAAACAACCUGGUAUCAAAAGGAGAAACAACUGGAAAGCCGUGACAGACUGAAAGCUGGGAGCACAAUGAACCAGAUCUGGCUUCACGUGCUGAACCCCACAGAUGCAGAUAAGGGAAAAUACACCCUGGAGUUAUUUGAUGGGAACACCUCUCACAGACUGUCAACAGACUUGUCUGGACAAGCCUUUGAAGAUGCCCUGGCUGAGCACAGAAGGCUAACGGAAGCAGCUGUAGCAGAGAAGUGUCGUGCCAGAGUUGUUCAAGGUCUGCCAGAUGUUGCCACCAUCAUGGAGGAUAAGACCCUGUGUUUAACUUGCUGUGUAUCUGGAGAUCCUUACCCAGAAAUCACCUGGUUCAAAAAUGAGAAGGUUAUAGUCUUUAAAGAUCGUUACAAAAUGGAUGUGAAGGGGACAGUUGUCACAAUUACCAUAGAGAAAGUCUGCAAUGAGGACACGGGAAAAUACAGCAUCUAUGUCAAGAACAAGUACGGUUCUGAAACAGGGCAGGUUACCAUCAGUGUCUAUAAGCAUGGAGAGAUACCAAUAGGAACGGAAGAAGAGUAAGUCCCAGAUGGGAUUACACUAAAAAAGCCUAAAUGA